CGAUCGACUCGGACGUAGAUCCAAGCCUUAAGCCUCUCGCCCAGUCCUCUACUUGCUCCUAGAUACUCUGCUGUCCAUAUUUGCACGCUCUCUUGCACCUCAGCUUGCUUGCGAUCUCUGACCAAUCAGCUGGGGAAUAAUACACCUCAUAGACGGCGGAUACGCGGCCAAAUCAUCGCCCUUGUACUACGCGGUCUUCCGGCCCCCGGGCUUCUAUAGCACUUUGGUGUCGGAUAAGAGCGAGACAUAUCCGCGUUACGUCCUGUACAUCAUGAACUUCGUGUGCCAACAGUGCAAGCAACCGCUUCAACUCGAUGAGUCGCUGGUCAACAUCACGCCUUCUGCAUAUGACAUGGUAGUCGCGUCAUCACCCAGCCCACCAUCGUACAGCCGCCACACAGCAGAUCCCGAGAAGCUCGCCCAGCUCCCGGCUCCAGCAUCCGUCAAGGCAGCAUGGCAGCAUGCAGCGCAGAGCCGUCCUGGGUCCCCCUCCUCUCCGUCACCUCGCGCGCAGAGACGACAGCCGCCACGCGCGCCGCUGCACCCCAAUGAGUCCUUUGUGCUACUGCAAGACAGCGUCGUCCGCAAUAUUCCCUCGCCCCUUCCCACGAGUGCUCCAUCUCCGGCGAAGAGACUGUCUUAUCCACGGUCGAGGACCAGCCAGACUCCUCAAGCACCCCCUGCAAAUGAGCCGGCACCCGAGGAGGUCAACCAUCCGAACCCCUCGCCGCUUUCUCACCAUCUGCGGUCCACACUCCGGCUGUUCAAUCUGCUGUCGAGCCGGACGGACCUCGACCAUCCUCUGUGCGCGGAGUGCACGAACAUCCUGUUGACUACCCUCACGCGUCAGCUAGAGGAGACAAAGAAGGAACGAGAUGGUUAUAUCGCGUUCGAGAAAGACGUGAGGAGGGAGCGAGAGCGUGAAGGAGACGGCAUGAGCAAGGAGGAGGCUGAGGUGAAGAUCUCAAAGCUGAAGGAUGAGGAGAAGCUCGCCAUUGAGAAGCUGCGGGAGGCCGAGCGAGAACGCGAGCAGCUGGCUGAAGAACUUAGGGCGCUUGAGCUCGAAGAGAAGGCUUUGGAAGAGGAGGAGGCUGAGUUCUGGCGUGUGCACAACGCACAUCUAUUGAAAUCCGCAGAGCAAGCAUCACAACUUGCGGCGCUCCGUGCGGCGUAUGCAGCGGAUUCCGCGACCCUGGAGAAGCUUGAACGCACCAAUGUCUACAAUGAUGCGUUCUGCAUAGGCCAUGAAGGGGUCUUUGGCACAAUCAAUGGUCUGCGGUUAGGCAGGGUACCGGGCGUUCCUGUCGAAUGGGCGGAGAUCAAUGCAGCAUGGGGUCAAACUCUGCUGUUGCUAUAUACGAUUGCUCGGAAGCUCGAUUUUGCAUUUGAGAACUAUCGCCUGAUCCCCAUGGGAUCGUUCUCCCGCAUAGAGAGGACAACAGGAGACAAAGCCAUCUACGAGCUAUACGGAUCUGGCGACCUACAUCUCGGUCGUCUGUUGCACAAUCGCCGGUUUGACUUUGCGAUGGUCGCUUUCCUGGACUGUUUGAAGCAAUUGAUUGACUAUGUCAAGUCGCAGGAUCAACAAGUCGAGUUUCCUCAUCAGAUCGUGAAGGACAAGAUUGGCGAAGCUUCUGUCAAGCUGCAGUUCAGUCAGGAAGAAGCAUGGACGCGUGCUCUGCGACAUGUUCUGUUGGCUCUGAAGAUACUGCUCAAGUGGACCACGAACGGCGCCAACGGCUGAACGGCUUGUUGACUGCCCUUUGCUCAUGUACCGCUGGGCGUUUCGACUGAUCGCUCAGCAUCUCCGCAACGGACGACGUCAGUGUGUGCGCGUUCGUGUGCCCUUGCGGUGCCGAUGGCGAGAUGCCGGUCGUCCAAUCUGGAGGGCCCUUGUACACUCCGACUCAUUGCGGUCGAGUUAUAUGGAAGUCUGUAAGUAUACUAGAUCGCGGCUCGAUACGGACUUGUAUGUAAUAGAAACGUCGUUCGCUGGAAUACCGAGAAUGCCGCGCGCGCACGCGCACUCAUCUCGCUUCUCGUGUAGCCAAUCUGUGCUACGAUCGGA